CCCCCCUGAUUUUUUUAGUAGGACUCUCGCUCCUGAUUACCUCAGCCUUUGACUGUCCACGGCAAUGCUGGGGCCCCACAUCGCCUCAUUAAAAAGAUCCCAAACACGCACUCCCACACAGCCACACACCUUCCCCACGCGCCGCCAUGGCCGGCUCCAUCAUCCCGAGCGCAAGCAGCGGGGAGCACGUGGCGGCGUCGCCCACGACCAAGCUCGGCCGGCUCAACGCGGCGGUGGAGCGGUCGUGGGUCGGGCGGCGGUUCCGCCUCGCGGCACGCGGGACCACGUUCACCACGGAGCUGCGCGCCGGCACGACCACGUUCCUCACCAUGGCCUACAUCCUCGCCGUCAACGCCUCCAUCCUGUCCGACUCCGGCGCCACCUGCACCGUCGAUGACUGCGACGCGCCGUCCCCAGGUUGCAAAUUCCCGCCCGUGGACCCCGGGUACGCCGCCUGCGUGGCGCGCGCCCGGCGGGACCUGAUCGUCGCCACCGCGGCGUCGUCCGUGAUCGGGUCCUUCAUCAUGGGCGCCUUCGCGAACCUCCCCUUCGCGCUGGCGCCCGGGAUGGGCACAAACGCCUACUUCGCCUACACCGUCGUCGGAUUCCACGGCUCCGGCACGCUCCCCUACCGAACGGCGCUCGCCGCGGUGUUCCUCGAGGGCCUCAUCUUCCUCUUCAUCUCGGUGGUAGGCCUGCGGUCAAAGCUCGCCCAGUUCAUCCCCAAACCCGUGCGGAUCUCGGCGUCCGCGGGGAUCGGGCUGUUCCUGGCCUUCAUCGGGCUGCAGAGCAACGAGGGCGUCGGGCUCGUGGGGUUUAGCUCGUCGACGCUGGUGACGCUCGGCGCGUGCCCGGCGUCGCAGCGCGCGUCCGUUGCGCCCGUGGUGACGUUCCCCAAUGGCACGGUGGCGCUGAUGCCGGGCGGCACCGUCUCCGGGGGCAUACUCUGCCUCUCGGGGCGCAUGACCUCCCCGACUUUCUGGCUCGCCCUCGUGGGGUUCCUCAUCAUCGCCUUCUGCCUCAUCAAGAACGUCAAGGGCGCCAUGAUCUACGGUAUCCUCUUCGUGACCUUCGUGUCCUGGCCGCGCCACACCGCCGUCACCGCGUUCCCGGACACGGCCGCCGGCGACGACAGCUUCCACUACUUCAAGAAGGUGUUCGACGUGCACCGGAUCCGCUCCACGGCCGGCGCGCUCGACUUCCGCGGCAUCGGUCACGGCUAUUUCUGGGAGGCGCUCUUCACCUUCCUCUACGUCGACAUCCUCGACACCACCGGUGGGCUCUACUCCAUGGCGCGGUUCGCUGGUUUCGUGGACGACGCCACAGGUGACUUCGAGGGGCAGUACUUUGCCUUCAUGUCGGACGCGUCGGCAAUCGUCUUCGGCUCGCUCCUCGGCACGUCCCCCGUGACGGCAUUCAUCGAGUCGUCGACGGGGAUCCGGGAGGGCGGCCGGACGGGGCUGACGGCGCUCACGGCGGCGGCCUACUUCACGGCGGCGCUGUUCAUCACGCCACUGCUGGCGUCGAUCCCGUCCUGGGCCGUCGGGCCGCCGCUGGUGCUGGUGGGCGUGAUGAUGAUGCGCGCGAUGGCGGAGGUGGACUGGAACGACAUGCGGCAGGCCGUGCCGGCGUUCCUGACGCUGGCGCUCAUGCCGCUCACCUACUCCAUCGCCUACGGGCUCAUCGGCGGCAUUGGCUCGUACAUGCUCCUGCACUCGUGGGACUGGGCGUGCGAGGCGGCCGCCAGGCUGGGCUGCCGCCGGAAGGUCGGAGGCGGCGCCGAGAGGAGUAGUGGUGGCGACGCAGAGCAGGGGAAGGAGACGGAAUCAGCAUAGCGUUUCUUCCCCUUUCGUGCUUUCCCGCUUUUCCUCUUGGAUAUAUCCCAUUUUGUCUCUUUCUCUCCAAAUUUCAUUUUUUUUCUUUUGAUUAGGAUUUUAACGUAGGCCAUCAGUAUCUAAUGUACUAGGUAAAGUAGAUCAAAAUUCUAGCAUGUAGAAUGCUCGCCUAUAUAGUUGUGGACAUCCAGUGACAGAGAUUGGUGCUUCCCUAGCUCAAAUGCAAGGUCUACACUCUAGAGAGUUUACUAAAAGUUCAGAAUACUGGUUCAAAAGGUACUUGGAUCUACUAUACGUGGACAGAUUAGUUGCUGAGAAAGCAAGGAA